GUUUGCAGCACCCUCACGGGAAAAGCCAACGCGAUAAUUUAUUUUUUUUAAAAAAGAGGAAAAUUACCAGAUAAGAAAUUAAAAAAAAAAAAAAAAACCCAAUUUGGUGCGGUUCAUCUUCUACUCUUCUCCGGCGAUCACCGUCCAUCAAGGAGAAGCACGAGGUAUUUUUCUCGCCCAAUUACUGUUUAAAGGUCCUCAUCGGCAUCUCAAAACCCUAGUUUGGAUUGGGAACGAUGGAACACGAGAGGAAGAGGAUUCCGACAUUGGUGGAGCUAUGCACUCGCAAGGCGAUCGACAAUCUUAGGUAUUUGGGCGAUGUCGGCGAAUUGGAUCUGUAUCUGUUGAAAGAUAUCGUGGCUCACUGCACCGUGGACCAACUCGCGCAUAUCGAGAAUUCGACCAAAGGAAGGGAUCUCAGUCCGGUGACCGAUAGCUUGUGGAAGAGAUUUUACGAGCAACAGUUUGGAGUCGAAAGCACGAAUCUUGCUAUCAAGAGGAUGAAACAGAAGCACGUAUUUUUCAAGUGGAAACAGCUAUACGAGGCAAAGACUAAGGAGCGGGAAGAAGCUCAGAAUCGGGUAGCUGAGAAACUUAAACAGAGAUAUGCAGAAAGUUUGGCUCAGAAACAAAGUAGACAAAUCAGAAUAUGUUCUAAAAUCCCACCUUCGGGUGGUAAAAGAAGCUUCUGGGGAGGCGGUGCUUCUAGCACCAUCUCCAAUUUCAAGAGCCCCCUGAUGAAAAAGGCAAAGAUCGAGUGCCUUAAUAGUCCAGAGGCAAAAAUACAUGCAACCAUGCGGAAAAAUGCCUUGCAAAGAAACAAUCUGACUUUUAAAAGCGCCCCUUCUCCGGUUAAACCAAACAAUCUUCGUGGAAUGGAUCCAUCGGCCAGUUCAAAAGCAGCAAAACCUGCGGUGAGAAAAUAGUAGCAGAUAUUCUCUGACGAAAGGCUUUUCACUGAAGAGUUAACUCUUGCCAUGCCAAUAUGGGAUCUCAUAGAAAUCUGUAAUUUGGUGUAACCAUGCUGUAUAUGUAGGUGCCUCAUACAAUUUGAGUUGAAGUUAAUCGCCUUAGGCCCGUCUAUUUUGUUUAUCGCUCUUAUAUAGGGAAGACAAAUUUCUGUAAAAUAAGGUUGAAAUAAUUUGGAUUUAGUGCAAGUUAAAGAGUUAUGAAGCAUUAUUCAGAUUCAGAUGGGCGACGGAACCUCGAUUCGUGGUUCCCAUUUUGUUACACUAAAACAUUCCCCAGAACACGAGGGAGGAAACAAUAUAUUGUUCGUUGAUAUUGAUGGUCUU